AUGUCACCGGUGGACGAUGGCUUCAUAUCCGCGUCGCUGGAUAAGACAGUACGAGUGUGGGAUCUGCGAACCCCGACAUGCCGGGGCCUCCUGAACUUACCAUCAUCACCGAUCGUUGCGUAUGACAGCGAAGGUGUCAUCUUUGCUGUCGCCGUGAACGACUUCCAGCGUAUAAUGCUUUACGACUCAGCCCACUUUGACAAGGCUCCGUUCCUUGCCAUCACCCUUGAUGACCCCACUCUGGCACAGAUUAGCUAUCCUCCUCGCGCCAUCUUCAUGAGCUCCAUAUCCUUCUCCAUGAACGGGAAGUACCUCUUAGUGGGUUGCUCAGGCGACGCGCACUAUAUCAUGGACUCCUUUGAUGGGCACCUACUCGCAAAACUGGAAGGGCACGUAGGACUCGAACGGAGAAACCUGAACACACCGCCCGGCAUCACGCCAGUGCGAGGCUGUAGUGGCGAAGAGGUAUCCUGGACACCAGACAGCAAGUUUGUUGUUGGUGGCAGUCUUGACGGGAAGAUAUGUGUAUGGGACGUCCAGAACUUACCCUCGAGAUCCGGGCGUGUGGACUUGAAGGUUCCUCCUGCACGGUUGCAGCCGAUAGCGGUUCUCGAAGGCCAUCCAGGGCCGUCCCGAUGUGUCAGGUUCAAUCCUCGCCUUGCCAUGAUGUGCUCUGCGGGAUCUGAACUGGCUUUCUGGUUACCGGAUCCCGCUGGCGACGUGGAAGAAAUUGCCAAGGACCUGUUGAGGAAAAGAGGGGCCGGUGCAUGA